UAUAUUCUUUAAGCACCUUCUUCUUCUGCCUUUUUCUUUCCUUUUUACCUUUUGUCUCCUAAAAGGGUUUUAGUUCUAUAACAACCACUGGAACUGGCCAGAGCAAACCCAAUGUGUUUAAGGCAUUACGUGAUCACAGGUCAUGAAAUUCUAUCCAGUAAAAAGAAUUAUUUAACCGUAAUGAACUCGGUACCCUUCCUUCAAAAUGAAGAAAAAAAAAACCACCGCCCUUCUAUUUUUAAUGACGUACCUGCAGAUGAUCGAGCUCUUUUUCAGCCAAUGAAAUACAGAGUAAACAUUUAUAUCAGAUACUUGCAGUACUUCCUAGCCGUACUAUUCAUUAUUUUUUCGGAUUAUCGAAAAAGAUGAUUUACAAUGCUCAAGAUGUCUCUUUCAGCAACUCGCGUUUUUCAUUGUCAAAGUUAUAUUACAAUGAGAAGGUUCUUUUAAACGAAAAUUGGAUCUGUUAGAGAAA